UCGGACGGAAAAAACGCCGGAACUCGGAAAUUGAGGAAUAAUUUUUAAGGGAUAUUUUAUUACAUUAUUUUUCAGAGCAGGAAGGUUAGGCCAACUGAUUGUGUUGUUUGUGCCAGACCAACAAAGUGUUGCCAUUUUGAUGUUCCAAGUUGUUUAGGUACGUCAGAGCUUUUCCAAAAUCAAAUAAAAUUUUGUCCUCAAAAUAUCAUAAACUGAAUAUUUAACUUGUGUACAGGUUGCCGUUCAUUCUUUCGUCGAUCUGUACUAAAUCAACGCUCGUACAUUUGUAAGAAGAAUGCAAAUUGCCAAAUUGAAAAAGGAACGUUGCCGUUCAUGCCGUUUUGAUCGUUGUCUUCUAGGUGGAAUGGACUUUAGAACUAUACAAAAAUUUCCGGAUGGAUUUAUUAUAGAGCAAAUGUCUGCAUUAUUAACGGAGAAAAAACGUCGACUUGAGGAAAAAUCUUCAAUAAUGAAAAAAGAAAUUGUAGUUAGAACAGAACGACCUGAAGUUGAAUUAUUACAAAUCUUGUUCUACUCAGACAAUAAUCUUUUGCACAUUCGUUACUCCGAGACAGACCUUUCUUCAUCAAUUUUUUAUUAUAAAAGUAUAUCUGAUAUUAUAAUUGGUGGAGGAGGUUUAACUUAUUCUAUCUUGUCAAGAUCUGAUCAAUUUUCGAAUCAGAGGAGAGUACCUAAAAGUCUUGACUUUUACCAAGAACGAUUGAGGGAAAGUAACACGCGGAUAGUUGAAGGCCCUGUAUCUCCAAAUUGGCUUUUCAUCGACUCAUUUUUAAUUAUUGAAAUGACAAAAACAUUGCCAGUAUUAAGUCAACUUUCAUUUGAAGACAAACUUCGGCUUUAUACUCGAAAUGGACUGGCAACAAUUGUUUUUAGUCAAUUAUUUUACAGUUUAAACAUUCAAGGAAGCGAGAUACUUAUAUUUCCUAAUGGAUUUAGUCCUUUAUUAUUUUCUAAUCAUUUGAAACUUUUUCAUCUUGUAUUCUACAAGCAUAUGAUCAAAAUGAAAGAAUUUAAUCUGAGCAGAGAAGAAUUUUUGAUUAUUCGAACAUUAAUUUUCCUUCACACAGGUUUGAACAGAAAUAAAUAUAUUCAGAGGUAUAUGCAAAUUUCAGCGAAAUCAGACUUGUCAAUUAUUGGAUAUGAAAUAGUACAAACUGAAAUUGAAAAACUUUCCAAAGCUUUAAUGUUUUACGAAUGUUGCAAAUGGGGUGAUGCUAGCGGGGCAGUGAGACUUGUUAAUUUGGUAAAAUACUUUAUUAUAAUGGAUAUAUUUUUUCACGAAUUUAAAAUUUGAUAGAUGAUGACCUUAAAUGCAGCAUUUCAAUUUGACAAAACUCAUCGAAAACUUCUAGAACAGGAUAGUAAUAUGCAGAAUAUGUUUCUCCCUAAAUUUAUGCAUGAAAUAUUUGGACAUUCCGAUGAAAGAACUUUAAGCUAAGAACUGUGAUCUUUACUAGGGUUCGGGUAGUUUGACAAUUGUGGUUCCGCAAGUCUGUCAUUAUGGACAUUUUCAUAUUCAAUAUUUAUUCAAACUGUCUGUAGUCUAGUCGAGGGCCCGCUACGAACGUCAUUCGAUUGCCCGCUACGAACGUCAUUCGAAAAUGUCAUUCGAUUCGUCUCA